UAAAUUGCUAAACCAGCAAGAACGCAUGCGCAGUGGCAAAAGCGACACAAACAGGCAGCGGGACGAGAGAAAAUAAGAAGAAAAUGAGCGUCCACCACCGGCGCCCAGAGGCUGAACUGUGAACGCGGAGAGCGCCACAUGGAGGCGGUGCUGAAAAACUUGUCGAGCACUGCGGAGCUGCUGGCCGUGGCGUCACAGAGCGGCGCAGUGGCGCAGUGGGAUAAACAAACUCUGUCCAGAGCUUUUCACUGGGCCCGGUACUGCGAACACAUCUCUUCCAGAUUUCACAAUAACUCCGCGAUAAAGGGGAUUAUGGAGAAGCAGCUGCAAUUUACAAAUCAAAGUUUGCGAGCUGCCUUCCCUGGAUACACGGACAUCUCUUUCUCGGACCUCUCCUGCUGUCAGCACCUGUUGCUUGUUGGGCUGUUGAAAAAUCCUGAGCUGCCAAUCUCCAUCAUGAAGAUACUCUUUGACACUACGAGUCCUGUAAACAAUCAACAGAGUGACUAUCAGGAUGUUACCGGUUUCUGUAGCCACAUCAUUCAAUGCAAAUCUGCUCGUAAAGUCCUGAGUCCUCUCACAGACUUGUCAGCUGUUGGUGCUGAUGUUGAGGUGCAGGGGGCGAUGCUGAUGGAGAGGUUGGCCGCCCUGCUGAGUCAAGAAAGUGAAGCCUGCCGGACAGAGCACUUUUUAGACUCUGUCCUCCAGGGAGGUGAAGGAGCAGCAGGACAUUUCUGCCUGGUCAUCGCUGCUGCUCUGCUGACAACCAAAAUCUCUGCUGCACAAACUGCUUCACAGGGUUUUCUCUUGGACUGGCUGCAGAAAAAACACAGUGUGCUGCAGCUCAUGUGUUCUGCACUGCCUACCACACUCCUUAUAGACCUUGCCAAAGGACACCUGCAAUUUAGAGCUGCAUACUGCGAUGUGCUGAAAAAGUGGGCCUCUGAUAUGGAGUACAGCAUGAGUGAGGGUGAAUGGGUUCAACCUAGCACAAACCGAACAGUGUCCUUCAAGAGACUGACUGAGCACUUUCUGGCCUUGUUUGAGUCCUGUCCCUCUCUGAGGGAGGAUGUAGAGAAUGACCUAAAUGCUUUGAACAUUUCUGAUGGGGACUUUGAUGUCAAAGGUCUGAGUGUGUGGGGAGACCUCCUGUCAGCAUUAAAUAAGUGACUGUCAGUCUUAGAGCUGCAAGAGAUGCCAAAAUGUUGCCAAAUGUAUUUCUCUGUUCGUAUCUUGACACAAUGUUUGACUAGGGCUGGGUAUUAAACCUCAAUACUGUUUGAUACCAAACACAAUGUGUCUGUAUGCAGAUUUGCACAGAUUCAGAAACUAAAAAAAUUAUACAAAUGUGAUUUGAUGACAACAUUCAUCAAGCCUUAAUGUAUUACACUAGCCUUGUUUCUUUCACAGUAUAAAUACUUUUGUAAAAAUAUAUCCAUGCAGAUUGUAAAAAAUGGAAUGACUAGAUUAUUGUUUAGCUCAAUACAUUUGGAUAUUUGUUAAAAAUGCACAGUUUACAAGGUUUGGACAGAUGGUAGCAUCACAUGCUGUCUUGUAUUCAGUAGCAGCACGUGAUCUUACUGAAUUAAAUUGAAGGUAAUUGUCAGGCAGUGAAUAGUUUACACUAUAAAUUGGUCUCUGGAGAUUCAAGGCUUCAUUUAGCAUCAUAAAUCCCACCUUACUACCAAAUUAUAUUAUAGAUGUGCUGUUUUAAAAUCAUUGCGUAGCUGCUGAUUUAUUAUGUCCUUUGCAAAAAGCAUUGUGUAAUCCAAUUUACCCUUUUCUAACUGUACACACACCUAAAAUGAUUUUCACUUUUCACACACACACUGUCAAUAUUGCACUUUGCCACAAAGCUCCCUCUGAAUCUAAAAUAUUUGAUUGGCCUAAUGCCAGUCAUGUGACUCGACUGCCAAUUCACACAUCUCAGACCUCGCCCGUGUGUCAGAGCACCUCUGCGGCGAGGGAUCAGUUAGUCAGAUCAGGCGUCGUCAAUCAAACCCUCCACAAUAGCUGGUGUGUGACAUAACUCCGGCAGACAGCGGAUUAGAGAGGCGGCCACCGUGGGGGGGGGGGGGAACACCAACACGACCACGGCUCGUUUAACACGCUGUGAAAGCAAUUCACGUUGAGACAGACACAGGUCACUGAGUAAGGGGCUGCAUGUACACAACCAAUUUAUUUCCAACCAAUAAAGAACAUAUGCAUCUAGCUGGAUGGAAACCAACAAUGACUGAAGAGAUCUCACAUCCUCCAAGGUUAUAAAUACAUGAUAUUUCAGUUCAUUUAGAUUUUCAUCUGGCAUUCAAGAAUGUGUGAGAAAAUCAAUGAAAUAAUGUAAGGACACAUUUCUGUUACCAAGCAGCACAUUAUCGUUUCAUAUUUCUUUCCUUUUUGGAUUUUGUGUUUCACACUCUUCUUCACAGCCUUACACAUAACUGGCAGAGUGAGUGAGCAGCCGUGGUGAUGAUUCAGAUGUGUUAGUCUCACUCCAAAUGGGAAGCAUGUAUGCUUGUAUCUAGCUCUUAUACUAAAUGAAAACAGGUUUUACCCGCUAUUUAUAGUAUAAAUAUCCGUGUCUGACAACUCAUAAUAAAAAAGGAAAGCCCAUUAU